UAACCUUUGACCUUCCAAGAUGGCGGCGGUGGUGGUGUUUUUCGUCUGCCUGGCUAUUUUCUUCGCUUUUACCGUUUCUGUGGUCCUGUCAUGGGGUCUGUUAGCUGUCCUACCGCUCCUGCUGUCAGUUCUGACCGCGUUGCUGCUCUACAGACGGAGCCCGGCCGGUAAACGCGUGUCUGUGCUCGUGUUAGGAGACAUCGGCCGGAGUCCACGCAUGCAGUAUCACGCCAUCUCACUGGCGAAGGAGGGCUUCGACGUGGAUCUAGUUGGGUUUUCUGGUUCCAAGCCCCACCAGGGUGUACUGAAUAACAAGAGGAUCUCUCAGCACUUUCUACCUGAACCACCAACAUUCCCCAAAGUUGUCCCCAGGUUCCUACACUAUAUCCUCAAAGCUGUGUUCCAGUCUGUACAACUGCUGGCAGUUUUACUGGUCCAGACAGAGAAACCAGCUUACCUAUUAGUUCAGAACCCCCCUGCUAUCCCCACCCUGGCUAUAGCCUGGCUGGUGUGUCUGUUGAGAGGCACCAGGUUCCUGAUAGACUGGCACAACUAUGGCUACACCAUCCUGGGGCUGGCUCUGAGUCCCAAACACCCCCUCCUCAUGUUCUCCAAAUGGUAUGAGGGCUUCUUUGGAACUCUGUCCUCUGGAAACUUGUGUGUCACAAAUGCAAUGAAGAAGGACCUACUUGCCAAGUGGGGAAUCAGAGCUGUCACCAUGUAUGACAGGCCUCCGCUCAUCUUCAGGUCAUUUGAAACUGAGGAACAACAUGAGUUGUUCUGUAGGCUGAGAAAGGAAUACCCAGUUUUUGGCUCCAGAUCAGGAGAAGCAGACAGUAAGAGGACAGCUUUCACUGAAGAGACAGAAGAUGGGACUGUUAGACAGAUAGCAGACAGACCUGCACUGUUGGUCAGCAGUACCAGUUGGACAGAGGAUGAGGAUUUCUCAAUUCUUCUGAAUGCACUGGAAGUUUAUGAGAAAUCAGCAGCUGAAAAGGGAUGUCAACUGCCAGACCUGAUAUGUGCCAUCACAGGAAAGGGGCCUCAGAAGGAGUACUACCAAGGACUGAUAGCCAAGAAGAAGUUCCAGCAUGUCCAGAUCUGUACUCCAUGGCUGGCAGCUGAGGACUACCCGAAACUCUUAGGUUCAGCAGACCUAGGUGUUUGCCUGCACUACUCCUCCAGUGGGCUGGACCUGCCUAUGAAAGUGGUGGACAUGUUUGGGUGCGGCCUGCCUGUCUGUGCCAUUCACUUCAACUGCUUGCAUGAGCUUGUGAAACAUGAGGAGAAUGGACUUGUGUUCCACAAUGAAGAGCAAUUGGCAAAGCAGAUACAGGAUCUACUUGAUGGAUUUCCUGUGACCCAAGGCAAGUUGAAGACAUUCCGAGACAACCUUCAGUCAUUCCAGAGUCUAAGAUGGGACCAGUGUUGGAAAGACAACGUCCUUCCACUUCUUAAACAUUGACAUCAUCAGUCUCAUCUUUAAUGAAAACCCUGAAAAAAUACACUGUAUGAUUCAUUUUUUGUUCCUGCUAUUCCUAGAUUGCUUCUUGCUUGUUUGUACCACUUGUUUACAAUUUCAUGUAUGUCAUGAAUGUUGACAUGUUGUUUGUCAUCAAUCAUAAAAAGGCCCCAGAAUUGUAAUGUAAGGACAUUGUCAAUGAAGGUUA